AACACAAUUAAACAGGUCUCCAUAUUCAAUCCAUCUGAAGUUUAUAAGAAGGUACAGGAUCUGAAAAUCUUGCCAUCAAAUGCUGACCUAAAAGCCUUUGGGGAUGAGACAAAGUCUGUGGUUUUCUUUUGUGGAUUUCCAGAACAUGCAAUGUUGUGUGAAAUUUUGAAAGUCGCCUCUCCUGAUCCCAAACAUGCUCAUUUAUGGAAAGUCCUUGUUUACAACAGUGGCGAAGGGUUACAAUAUCACCCAGGGUACAUUGUUGGUCCAGAGGAAAAAUAUUCACCAGUGGUGAUAUAUGAAGGUCCUCCAAUUCUUAUCAAUGAAAACUGGAUUGAUGCCGCAUUGAAUUUAGAGAAAUAUGAAAAUGUUAGCGCGAACUUCUAUCCCAGACUUUUGAGCGAUUUUGAUCGGUCCAAAGUAACAUAUGACGGUUUUAUUAAUCGAAAAAGAAAUGGAACAUGUUCUUUUUCAUCUUAUCACGCAUAUUUUACGUUUAAGCUUGAAGAUAAAAAUUAUAAUAAG